AUGGAAGCUUUCAUGGUCAAGACUGGUUUUUAUGACAAGGUGACCGCGAUAGAAGCGCAGCGGCGGAUAGAAUUGCGAGAACGCACUACUAGCGGUAUGGACGCGCUCGGCAGGGACCCGAUGGGGUGCGCCGAUCGUGACGAGUCGAUUGCUGCGAUCGAACGGUCGAUAGAGCAGCAAGUGCAACAGAUCAUGGCGCAUAAGAUGCUCAUGGCGACGACCGGCUCUGGCGACUCCAGCUCCGUGGACCCACCGCGCUGGCUUCCCGCCGCUCAUGCCGACUCCGCUGCUCAAACGCCCUCACAUUCGGCGCGUUGCUCCCAGCCGGCGCAGCUGUCAAGCGCGCCUGGCGUCGCCGCGUGUCACGGUGGAAGCGCGACGCGCUUAUUCCACCCAUGGGUGCCACGCGAGACCGCACAUCACGGCGUGCAAUUCGGUAUCCGCGAACCGAUGGUCGUCUGGUCUCCGUACAGCGCGCAGCUCUACAUGCACCCUCCCGCCCUUCCCGCCCUUGCGCCGAACUUCCCCGGGAUGGCCGCUCCUCCUCCGCUUCCCCCCCUUCGGCCCUGCCCCCCGCCUGUUCCACAGCACUCCCCGCCGCUGUCGCAGUGGUCAGCGGGCCCCUCUACCGCUUCCGCCAAGUCCGCGCAUGGCCCCACAGAGCACACGGGCACAUUGCUGGAUACGCAGCCCGGCCAUUGUGAUGCCGGCGUGAAUUGCGGCGAGAGAACGGGCGUGGUGAUGCCAGCUCGUUGCGCGGCGCCAGAGCUCCUGAAGUCGCGCGUAGUAGACCCUUCCGCCGCUAGCGCGGUGGCAUGCGGAAUGGCGCCGCCCUCGGAAGCAGGCGCCAAUGACGCGGACCUAUCGACGCGCUGCACGCCGACAUGGGAAGCGGUGGCGGAGAGAAUGAGCGCGCCGGCGGCGCAAGGGAUGACGCAAGGGGUGGCGGAAGGAGGCUUGCUGGGGGAAGGCGACGACAUCAGCGCGUGGUUGAGCCGCCUCGUGGGCGGCACGGCUGGCCCUGGCCUGCCGGAUGCACCAACGACGGAGCUCACGCAAUUACAAGGAAAUGAGGCGACGCGUGGCCACGCGAUGCUGACGUCAGCUGGAGUCGCGUCAUGUGGCAGUGGCACCGCAGCAAGUGCGGGACGUGGCACCGCGUACAGUCACAACGGCGUGCGUGGUGAUGUGACGCGCUGCGACAACGUGCCAUUCAACAACCCCAUGCCCUGUAACAGUCUCGGCGCCAUGCCUGCUGCACCCGCACCUGCCUACAUCUCAGCGCGCGCUCUCCCCUCCGCGCAGCGACAUCCCGCCCCUGCUCCUCCUGCUACGCAAACGGGAGGAGGGGCUAUGGGGGAGCAGAGAGGGGAGUGGGGGAGGCUAGGGGUGGGAGAGGAGGAGAGCGAUGAGGGUGGGGGGGUGGAGGAGGAGAGAUGCAUGGAGGGCAUGACAGUAGAGCAGAUUCUGCAGGAGAGGCGAAAGCGCAGCUGUACUUCUGAUGCCUCUGUGAUUGUGUACACACACCAUGAGGCCGACGAGCGGCUGUUAGAGGACGAGCUCGAGGCGCAGCUGGCCGCGCAGCGCGCCACGCUGGCGGAAGUGGACGCGCUUCUCCAGGCGGAACCCUCCCCGGAGAUCGCGGAGGUGCGCGGAGAGCUCGCGGAGGCGGUGGCCGCGAGCGAGGCGAGUCUGCUGCAGCUGAAGCGGCAGCGGCUGUUGCGCCACGCGGACAGACUGGCGGAGGGGCUUUCGGCGGAAGGGGCCGCGCGCGGCGCAGCUGGAGAAGAUCGACGGGCAGAAGCGGCCAGCGCGGACGGGACGGAUAUGGGCGGAAGGAACGGAGGGGAAGGGCGCGCGGAAGGCGGAGGGGGGGAAGAGCCAAAGAGGAGUGAAGGGGAGGAGGGGAACGAGAGGAAAAGGGGAGAGUGCGGGGUGAGUGUGGGGCAGCGGUGUCUGUUCCGCCACGUGGACGGCAGGUGGUAUGCGGGGGAGGUGCUUGCGCUCGAAGGGGCGGAGGACGAGCGGGGGGAUGGGCAGGGCGGAGCAGAAAAGGUUGCUGGCAAUGGGGAAGGGGAGUGUGGGGGAGACAUUGGGAGGGCGGAAGGAGAAGAGAGGGGGAGUGAGGGCGCGGGUGCAGGCGAGGGAGGCGCGGAUGGGGAGGGUGGCGGGGAGGAGAGAGUGGGGUUGGGGUACGUCUCAGGGACAGCAUCAGCAACAUCGGCACCACAGGCAUCAACAGCCGUGCACCUACCGACAUGCGCCUGCACAUGCACAGUCACUCUCGUGCGCGACGGCUCUUCCUCCUCCCUGCCCCUCUCCUGCCUCGUUUCCCUCUCCUUCCUCCACUCCCUCCCGCAUGCCGCUGAGACCGCUCCUCCGUUGGUCCCGGGGUCGGUGGGGGACAGCCGUGGCUCUGGUAGUGACAGCAGUAGCACUGGCAGUGGCAGCAGCAGCAGUGAGGAGAGUGCCGAGGGGUAUGAGUCUGAUGACGAGAAUGAUGGUGGUGCUGGUGGUGAUAAUCCAUCCGCCGUGUCCCCUUUUGCUGCUGCAGCAUCGCUCGCUGCCUCCCUGCAGCACGCGCACGCAGCAGCAGCAGCGGGCCGUCAGAGCGAGACAGUGGCGUUUGCAGCGUGGGAGCAGCACACACGCGGUGUGGCAUCGCGGCUCAUGGCGCGCAUGGGCUUCCAACGCGGUGCCGGGCUCGGCAGGGACGGUGGGGGCAUCACCUCCCCUGUUGCCGUGCGGGCAGGGGGAGAGAGGCGAGGGGCGAAGGGCGGUGCGGUGGGUGGUGCUGGGUUGGGGGCGGAAGAGGAGGGCAAGGGUGGGGCGAGGGAUGGGAGUGGGGGUGGUGGGGGGGAGGGGAAGAAGAGGAAGAAGAGUCGGGGAGGGGAGAGGGCAAGGAACAGGAAGAGAAUAGCGGCUGCGAGAGAGGCGGCAGCAGCAGCAGCGGAGGAAGAGGGGGGAGGGGGGAGAGGAGACGUGUUUGAUUUUAUUAACGUGCACUUGAGCGGCAGAGGGAGUGGCGAGGGUGAUGGGGCAGGGAGAGUGCAUAGAGGAGGGAAUGGGAGGAGGGAAUCGGGGAGCGAGUCUGCUGGGGGCAGGGGCAGCCAGAGCGAGAGAAUGGGAGGAGUGGGCUGGGGAGGAGUGCGAGGGGCCAAGGCACCAGGGGUGGCAGCAGCUGCCGGUGCUAUGCCAGGGGCAGGAGGGAAGGGGCGGGAGGAGGAGCGGUGGGAGCUGAUGCAGCAGGAGGAGCGGGUGAGGGAGGUGCGGGCACGGGUGGCGCGGUACGAGGAGAUGGCUCAGCGCCAUGCACGCGACAAGGUGACACUGGCCGCCGUCCACCGCAAGCUGGCUGCCGCCCGGGAGGAGCUGAGGCUUGUGCAGGGGGGCCGGGACUCGGCGCACUCUAGUGCAGCCCAGAAGGAGGCCCUUCGGAAAUGGACCAAGUUCUAG